AGCUUUGGCAUGACGGAUAACCGACCCCUUCUGUACCACGAGACGCAGAGUGAGGCACUGUGUGCGGUCCAUUGUCUCAAUGCUGUUGUCCAGGCACCCAUGUUUACCGAGGUCGAUCUGGCCAACGCGGCGCAGGCACUUGAGGCGCAGGAGCGCGAGCUGCGGGCGGCAGCAGGGCUCGACUCGAAAGAGUUUCUAGAGUACGUGGCGUCGGGCGAGUCGGCGUACGUGGCCGACGACGGCAACUUUUCCAUUGUGGUUAUGAAUCGGGCACUGGAGGCUGUCGGGCUCGAGGCUGUAGCUGUCGAGCACCCUUCGAUGGUGGCAUCGGUGGCGGCUGACCCGUCGGCCUUUGACGCCUACAUUCUCAACUCGGGCGCGCACUGGAUCGCGCUGCGCAAGCUGUACGGGACAUGGUACAACCUCGACUCUCUGGAGGAUUUGCCGACGGUAGUGACCGACUUUUACCUCGCUGCUUUUCUCUCGUCGAUGCGUGGCGCUGGCUACACCGCGUUUGUGGUCCAGGGCACGUUUAUGACUCCGCGCCAGUUCCAGCCCGACUUUGACCUCGAGGGCGCCGACGCAUCGCCACACUACAAGUUUCCGCGGGCGGCUGGGCGACCGCCGCGGCGGCGGACCGGGCGGCGCGGUGAUGGCGGCGGCGGUGACGGCGGCGGUGGCGACGACGAGGAGUCGUACCAGCUCGCGCUCGCGCUGGCCAUGUCAAUGCAGGCAGCCAGCGAUGCAGUGCAGGGGGCGGGGGGGGCAGGGACGGGCUAGGUAGGAUAGUCCUUGGGUUCAUUCGGGGUUAGCCUCGGCGAGCCACUUGAGCCAGGCGGCGGCCUCGGCCUUGCACUCCUCGUAUCCGGGAGUGGAGCGCGAGUCGCUGGCCCAGGCCUCAAAGGCCUCCUCCUUGAUGACAUCGUUGUCGUAGUAGGUGUGGAAGAGGUACGGCAGCAGCUCGGGCGGGAAGGCUCCGUCGGCAGCAGAGGCCAGGUCCCAGACGUAGGCCUGCAGCUCAAAGACGCACUCGGCCUGGGCCUCGAGCGAGGCGUUGACAACGACAACGAGGAUCGAGGCGUACUUGGCCACGAGCUCGGUGACAGUAGUCUUGAGCUCCGAGUCGGCAAAGCCGUUGGCGAGCGGUGCCAUCUUGGCGAUAAACUCCAGGUUGGCCGCAAGGGCCGCGCGAGCAAACUCGGGCGACUCGCGGAGCUCGACAGGGAGUUC